CAAGUAUUUAGGAACGGAAGGAUUACAUUGCUUUGCUGUGAGAAGAACCGUGCCUGCUGCUCCAACAAAGCACGCCCUCGCUCGAAAUUACACGGGCGAGCUAGAUGACCUCACCCUGUUACAUAUUGGUCUUCUUUUGCCUUUCUGGGGAAAACGUAUUGUUCUCAAUGACUCAGCCCCGCAGCGUCUUCGUUCAGUCUUCCCUCCACUGGACACCCCCAGAAGCAGAGCCAUCCAUAUAAAGAGCACUGAACCCUUCGGGCCUGAGCAGUGUAUCCUUAAUCCUUACAUCACAUAGUUUGCAGCCCACGGGCUACGGAGGUGGAGGCCGUACACCGCCGACGGCCAUGCCGACGGUUGAUCACCGGCUGAAGCGGAUCCUCAAGGAGAUGAGCACGCUGUGGAUCGACCUGCCGGAUUUCUGCCGGCCCGGCGCGUCGCCCGUGACGGACCCGUUCCACUUCACGGUGGUCAUCGACGGCCCCGACGGCAGCCCCUACGCCGGAGGCACAUUCCCCGUCGACGUCGUGAUCCCGCGCUACUAUCCCUUCAGGCCCCCGAAGCUCACCUUCAAAACCAAGGUGUACCAUCCGAACAUUGACGAGGAGGGGAAGAUGUACCUGGACAUCUUCAGGAGCAACUGGAGCCCGGCGCUGACGAUAAGCAAGGUCCUCGUGUCCGUCGUCUCCGUCCUCUACGACCCUUUGCUCGACCUCCCCGUCCGCCUCGGCGUCGCGCAUCAGUACAAGCACCAGCGGGAUCGCUUCGAGAAGAAGGCCAGGGACUGGACUCGCAGAUACGCCUCCACGCCAGUGGUUUCGUUCUAUCCAGCAAAGGCAGGCCACUCCGGUCUCGACUACUUGGUCGUCGUUCCCAGGGCAAUACCUCCCGUCAAGCAGAGGCAGACGGCGUUCCUCCCGGGCUGGUGGCCAGUCUCCUACACUCUUUGCAGUCGAUCUAGGCAUCGAGCUAUAGCUCCUGCGUAGAUCGGGCAUUCGUGCAAAGAGGAGCUCAAGAAAAGUUCGGGCCCAAUAAUUAUGCUGAUCCAUAUAGUCUCGUCUGUCCUUUGGAUGCUUUGAGGCGGUCAUAGCCUGGUUUAGUUUAGUUGUAGGUCAAGGUAACUAAUUAGUAGAUCGACGUUUCUAAGCUCAAAUUAAGACUAUAUGUGGUGGUUAAUUUGCAAAUGUCACUGAUAUUGCAUCGUGACUUGGUGAGGGUUACCGAGCUAGCGAUCCUGGUGUUGUAUGCCACAUGCGUCUGACGCGGCCUCGCGGUGGCUGGUUAUGGCUAGUGCGGUAUAUGUGUGCAAUGGUGAGGAAAGUGAACCGUGCUUACCUAC